AUGAUUUCCUCUUUGAUCCCUGAAAACCUCCCCUGCCCCCACCUGUCUUCUGUGUCCCUGCUCUACCUGAAGGCCUUGGGGACCCACAGCACCAGUGGCAGUAUUGAGCCCUGCCUCCUCAAAACUGGUAUUUUCUCAGGCCGAGUGCCCUCUCCUGCAACGUUUGCCCCUGGCCUGAGAAAGUACCCCCAGGAGGGGGCAAUUCCCUCCCUGACAGCCUCCUCCAGCCAAGCGAAGGCCCUCCUGGCGAGCCUCUCUGCCUCUGGCCUGAAUGCUGAGGCCCUGCUCCUCUCCUCCACCCUCCGUCAUCACCGCCUUCUACGUGAGCAGCGAGCCUCCUCGUUGCCUCUGCCCAGCAGCCAGUCCUCCUCCCCUACUCCCCCUGCUACCCCCUCGUCCUCCUCCUCUUCACCCACCACCCCGACUCCCUCCCUUUCUCCCUCCUCUCCAACCCCUUUGAGUUCCCUCACCCUUGCUUCUGCGGUUCUCAAGAGCAGGGCUUGUAGCCUUGACAGCUCCAGUCUCAACAGCUGCAGGGAGGCUGGCAGCGAGCCUGUGAAUAAGGACCUCUCCCCUGGCAGCUCCCACUGA